CGGACAAUGGACAAAAAACAACAGCAACAGCAGCAGCAGCAGAAACCACAACAGCAACUAGAACAAUCUGAUGAUGACGACAGCGAUGACUCCGAAGAGGACAACAAUGAGCAGGACAACAACGCUAACAGCAACAGUGAACAGCAGCAGCAACAGCAACCCCCACACCAGCAACAGCAGCAGCAGCAGCAACAACAACAGCAACAGCAUCAACAGAACAAACAGAGCAACGCCAGCGGAGGUGCGGUCGCUGGCGCUGCUGCCGUCGCUGCCGCCACCGCUGCUGAGGAUCGUACGAGUGCAACGAAUCUGAUCAUCAACUAUUUACCACAGGAUAUGACAGAUCGUGAGUUGUACAAUUUGUUCAGCAGUUGUGGCUCCAUCAAUACAUGCAAAAUUAUGCGAGACUACAAGACCGGAUACAGCUUUGGCUAUGGCUUCGUUGACUACAACUCGGAGGCAGACUCCGAGGACGCGAUACUAAAACUCAAUGGAUUCUAUGUGCGCAAUAAGCGCUUGAAGGUAUCUUAUGCACGACCCGGCGGGCAAUCGAUCAAGGACACCAACCUGUACGUGAUCAAUCUAUCCCGCAACAUCAACGAUGAUCAGCUGGAUCGGAUAUUCUCCCCAUACGGCUUGAUCGUCCAACGUAACAUCUUGCGGGACAAGCUAACAGGUCGCCCACGGGGCGUAGCAUUUGUACGUUACAACAAGCGCGAGGAGGCGCAGGAAGCAAUCAAGGCCCUCAACAAUACGGUGCCCGAGGGCGGCUCACAGCCAAUCUGGGUGCGGCUGGCGGAGGAGCACGGCAAGGCGAAGGCUGCGCAAUUUAUGUCACAAAUUGCCGGCGGUCCGCACAUGGGCCCACCGCAGCAACAGCCGCCGCCCCAUCACAUGAAUCCCCACAUGCAGCAGCAGCAGCAGGCGCACCAGCAUCAUUCGCACCACCAGCAACAGCAGCAGAUGCAUCAUCAGCACCAUCAGCAGCAGCAACAGCAGCAGCAACAUCAUCAUCAUCAUCACAGUUUGCCACCACCGCCACCGCAUCACAUGCAACAGUUGCAUCAUCAUCCGCACGGAGGAGGAGUAGGAGGUGGCGGCGGGAUCGGUGUCGGUGUCGGCGUCGGUCUGCCACAGCCGAUGCACGGCGGUGGCGGGGGCGGCGGCGUCGGCUAUCACCAUAUGGCACACAGAGGUAGAUCAAAUAGAACAACACGAUCUCAAAAACCGCAUCCAUAUAACCAUGCACAGAAAUUUAUUUAAAACAAAAUUAAUUUCUUUACACAAUAUUAGCUGCAUCUCACAGGUGAAGUGUUCAUGCUGCCAUUGCCUAUCAGAAUAUUGCCAAUGCCCCGACCACAAGCACUGCAGCGGCGGCAGCAGCAGCAGCCGCAGCAGCACCGCCGCCAGCAGCAACAGCUGUGCGAC